AGAUGGGUAUCCUUGCUGUACUUUUUUUGCCAUUGCUUCUCUUUGGAAUCAGUGGAGUUAUUUAUAUUUACCAGUCAGUCAGGUGGCUGUUGUCCAAGUCUGCUGUGCAAAACAAGGUGGUGGUGGUCACGGAUGCCAUCUCUGGACUGGGCAAGGAAUGUUCUCGGGUGUUUCACAGAGGAGGAGCAAGGCUUGUGUUGUGUGGCAGGACAUGGGAAAAACUAGAAGCAUUGUAUGAUGCUUUAAUUAGUGUGGCAGACCCCAGUAUGACAUAUGCCCCAAAGCUGAUACUUCUGGAUAUCUCAGACAUUAACUGCAUUCAGGAUGUGGCAAAGGAAAUCUUGAAUUGCUAUGGCUGUGUGGAUAUACUGAUCAACAAUGCAAGUAUGAAGGUGAAAGGAGCAGUGCAGAGCAUUUCUUUGGAACUUGAUAAAAAGAUCAUGGAUGCCAACUAUUUUGGACCUAUAACAUUAACCAAAGCCAUUCUCCCCAAUAUGAUCUCAAGAAGAACUGGCCAAAUUGUUCUAAUUAAUAGUAUCCAAGGAAAAAUAGGAAUCCCAUUUCGUGCAGCUUAUGCUGCUUCUAAGCAUGCUGCUGUGGGCUUUUUUGAUUGUCUUAGAGCUGAAAUGGAAGAAUUUGAUAUUUCUGUCAGCACUGUGAACCCGACCUUCAUCUGUUCAUACCAUUGUCAACCAGCACCUGGCAACUGGGAGGCAUUCAUUUGGAAAUUCUUUUUCAGGAAGGUGGCAUAUGGGGUGCACCCUGUGGAGGUGGCAGAGGAAGUCUUGCGCACGGUGAGCAGCAAGAAGCAGGAGGUCCUAAUGGCCAACCCCAUCCCCAGAGCAGCAGUUUACAUUCGCACCUUCUUCCCUGAGCUGUUUUUUGCCAUUGUUGCCUCAGGGAUUAGGGAAAAGCUAAAGACAGAUGAGGAAAAUUAAUCUUGGUUGGUUCUUUUAUCUUCUUUUGACUUGGGGAAAAAAAAAAAAAAAAAAGUCUAUAUUUCAAAUGUCAAUGAUUUCUGCUUUUCACUGUGGGUAGAAUAAAGAAGGAGG